AAAAUUUGAUCAAUGAAGUUUGGGAAGAGAUUGAAGCAGCAAAUAGAACAGAGUUUACCAGAUUGGCGAGAUAAGUAUCUGUCGUACAAGGAGUUGAAGAAGCUACUCCGGUUGAUUACGUCGGCGCCGGCGAAAAUGAGCGGAUCGCCGUCGGAGUACGGGAAGGCGGAGGCGGAGUUUAUGUACUUGUUGAACAAUGAGAUCGACAAAUUUAAUUCCUUUUUUAUGGAGCAAGAAGAGGACUUCGUUAUUCGCCACAAGGAAUUACCACAUAGAAUACAGAAAGCUGUUGAUACUUGGGGGCCAAAUGGAUCUCAGCCGUCAGAUCUUGAUUUCAAAGAUGAGAUGGCAAAGAUCAGAAAAGAAAUAGUCAACUUCCAUGGUGAAAUGGUUCUCCUUAUGAACUAUAGCAAUAUCAACUACACAGGGUUGGCUAAGAUAGUGAAGAAGCACGACAAAAGAACCGGUGGAGUUUUACGGUUACCGUUCAUCCAAAAAGUCUUGGAACAACCGUUCUUCACGACCGACUUGAUCUCGAAGCUCGUAAAGGAAUGUGAAACCACAAUAGAAUCGGUGUUUCCACCGCCGGAAUAUUCCGGUACCGGAAUAUUCCAAGGAGAGAGGGCGGCUCCCGGGGAAGGGAUAUUCAAGAACACGGUGGCGGCUCUGAUGACGAUGGAGGAGAUGAGAAGGGGAAGCUCGACUUACAGCCAUUUUUCGCUGCCGCCACUAGACUUGCCUGAUUUUGAUGUUAUUCAAUCCUUGCAACUUCUAUCUCCUAUACAAAUUCCCUGAUUAAGAAUUUUAAUUAUUUGGAUAUUUCACUUGUUUAAUUAGAUAUGUGACAAUUUAAUCCAUCUAAUUAUAAAAAAUGGAGCAUGCAAUGGGAAUAUUCUUAUUUAAUUUGGAUUCCCCUUCCCAUAGUGUUUCAAUGCCACAGUAUAGUACAAUUAAUAAUACUC